AAAUGUAUGUUUGGUGAUUGGAGGAAAAUGGAAGUGUAGACAGUUGGGCACAAAAAUUUUUAAUAAACAAAAAAUUAUUCAAUAACUACCUAAACUUACAUAAAGCGACGUGAACCUGUUUCAGUUCUUGUUUUCCUUCACUUCACAAAUUCAAAAAAUGUUGGUGAGACAUUUCUCGGUGAAAUCGCGGUUGAAUUGUGCUCUUCCCUCAAUCGUAUUUCCACACUGCUUCUCAAGCUCCAAUGAAAACGAUGACGUACAGAAAGUGUUCGGCAUACUCAGUAGCACUUCCACGUCGGAACAGCUGAAACAAUCCUUGAAAUCAAGCGGUGUUUUCCUCUCCAAUGAAUUGAUCGAUCAAGUUCUCAAGAGGGUACGCUUCAGCCAUGGGAACCCCUCCCAAACGCUUGAGUUUUUCCGUUACACCGGAAGAAGGAAAGGGUUUUACCAUACUGCGUUUUCCCUCGACACCAUGCUAUACAUUCUUGGAAGAAGCCGCAUGUUUGGUCACGUUUGGGACCUCUUAAUCGAAUGCCGUCGAAAAGACCAAACGGCCAUAACGGCUCGCACUAUUAUGGUCGUGUUGGGCAGAAUUGCCAAAGUGUGUUCAGUUCGACAAACGGUGGACUCGUUUAGAAAGUUCAGGAAGCUGGUGACUGAGUUUGAUACUAAUUGUUUCAAUGCUCUGUUGAGAACGUUGUGUCAGGAGAAGAGCAUGACGGAUGCUAGAAANGUUUACCAUAGUUUNAAGCAUCGGUUUCGNCCAAAUUUACAGACUUUUAACAUUCUUCUUUCCGGGUGGAAGACCCCUGAGGAUGCUGAGGGGUUCUUGAAGGAGAUGAAGGAAAUGGGGGUGGCACCUGAUGUUGUUACAUACAAUAGUUUGGUGGAUGUUUACUGCAAGGGGAGGGAAAUUGAGAAGGCGUAUAAGGUGCUUGAGGAAAUGCGUGAACGGGAUUUGUCGCCGGAUGUGAUCACGUAUACAUGUAUCAUUGGUGGGUUGGGGUUGAUUGGGCAGCCUGAUAAAGCCAAAGAUGUUUUGAAGGAGAUGAAGGAGUAUGGGUGUUACCCUGAUGCCGCAGCCUACAAUGCUGCCAUCAGGAAUUUCUGCAUUGCAAAGAGGCUUGGUGAUGCUAAUGGUUUGGUGGAGGAGAUGGUGAGCAAGGGUUUGAGUCCGAAUGCAACUACUUACAAUUUGUUCUUUAGGGUAUUUUACUGGUCCAAUGAUUUGCAUAACUCUUGGAUCAUGUACAAUAGGAUGAUGGUUGAGGGGUGCCUUCCGAAUACGCAGUCUUGUAUGUUCUUGAUAAGGUUGUUUAGAAAGUAUGAGAAGGUGGAUAUAGCGCUGCAAUUAUGGGGGAACAUGAUGGAAAAGGGUUUUGGGUCGUAUACCUUGGUUUCUGACAUUCUGUUUGACUUGCUUUGUGAUAUGGGGAAGUUGGAAGAAGCAGAGAAGUGCUUUUUGGAGAUGAUUGAAAAGGGGCAGAAACCGAGUAAUGUGUCGUUUAGAAGAAUUAAGGUUCUUAUGGAACUAGCAAAGAGACAUGAGGCCCUUGAGAGCUUGACGCAGAAAAUGUCCAUAUUUGGGCGACCACUCCAAUUGCAUCAAAGUUCGAUGAGCAAAACUGACACAGCGGAUUCUCUCUUUACUAAUAGUUAGAACUGAUUGUGGCAAAAUGAAUGGAAGAUCAAGCGUCUUAAAUCUGUUACAGAAGUGGUUGGAACAUUCAAUAAUGCCUUUUAAUAUUAGUUUGAGACAUUUGCGAUAAGAGAGUUGAACGGUUAUUUAGGUGGAGUCAGAAGUUUUUCUGUUAACUGCAAAUUGGGGUUGACAUAAGUGUGUUGGGACUGUUGUGACAUGAGUUGUGAUCAGUCCAUUUGUGGUUUUCUAUUUUUGAAACAAAACUGGAACAUUUUGAAUGUUGUGGUUGCAUUGCAGUUGUUUGGGGCUUUUUGUAUCGAUAGGAAUCACUUCAUAAUUGUUAGUUGAUGUGGCUGUGGACAAUGCUGCAACUUCAAUAUGUGUUUAUUCUAGGUUGUUAAGGAAACACUUCUCAUAUUGUUCUGAGGACUUUGAAUACAAAGGAGGACCAUUUUCAGCAAGGGAUGAUUUUUGGCUUGACAUUUUGAAAUUCAUGCCAUUCUUCUCUGAAUGGAUCUGCUUCAAAUCUUCCAGAUGGUGCCGGACGAUCUUUUGCGACAUCGUUUUCUGGUCAGUCUGGUGCAGCCUCCCCAAUUUUUCAUCACACUGGAGCUAUUCAAGGAUUUCACAAUAUUCAUGGGAGCUUUAAUGUUCCCAACAUGCCCGGUUCACUCACAUCGGGAAAUUCAACUAUAAAUAAUGUGCCAUCUGGUGGUGUUCAACAUUCCACUGGAAGCCUUUCUAGUGGAAGAUUUACAUCCAACAAUCUACCAGUUGCAUUGUCUCAGCUAUCUCAUGGAAGCUCCCAUGGACAUUCAGGAGUCACCAAUAGAGGAGGUAUAAGUGUUGUAGGGCAUUCAAUAUGGAUGCGGUGGCAAGGACUGCAAAAGCACCUGAAAAAGAUGAAAAUAGUUGUGAACCUCCACGUGUUGGAAGAUUGGAAAAAGUUAGAAAAAACAACUAGAAAAUAAAAAGUCUUAAAGAUGAAAUUGUUGCUAUAAGGAAGGCGUUAAAUCAACGAAGAAAGACUGGAAGGUUUCACCAAAAUGUUUCCGUUGACGAAGCUGGUGUUGAUGUUGUGGGUGAGGGGAAUGAAGGAGGUGUCGAAGAAGCAGCGGUUGAUGAUACAGUUGAAGACGAAGCAGGUGCUGAUGAAGGAGUUGCUGGUGAAGCAACUUUUAGUGAAACAGCUGGAGAUGAAGAUGGUGUACAUGAAGAAGAAAUAACUGCAGCACCUGUUGAUCAAGUUGCUGCAACUGCAGCACCUGUUGAUGAAGCAACUGCACCUGCAGCAGCUAUUGAUAAAGCACGUGCAGAUGAGCAACCUUUUCAUGAAGCAGUUGCACACGAACAAGGUGUUGACGAAGUUAUUGCAGAUGAAGAUGUUGUUGAUGAAUUACCCCCACGGGAUCCACCAGCUUUCGUUGACAUUGGUGGUGAUGAUGAUGAAGCUGAUCAAUUAAUUCCACAUGUACAACCGUUGGUUGUGGAGCCUUUGACUACUAUUCCUGCCGAUCUAAUCACAAGGGUGGAUUUGGAGAAGUUGUACUACAUUUUGACUUGAAAAGACAUUGUA